CAUACAUAGAAACUCUGGCUUUACUCAAAGCCAGUGGCAUGUCAUUAGUAAAAAUUGAAAAACGUAAUGGGCCUAGACAGCUGCCAUGGGGAAAUCCUGAUUUUACCUGGACUAUGGUGGAAAGGCUUCCAUUAAAGAACACCCUCUGUGUUCUGUUAGACAGGUAACUCUAUCAUAAAUAUCGCUGGGGGUGUAAAUCCAUCACACAUACGUUUUUUGCAUUACUCUCUUUGCAUUCUUCACGGUACUACUGGACUCUGACAUUGCUUUUCAAAGUCUGAUUAAGGAAAUCUUUCAGUUGUACAUGUCUACCUCAGUAACCUCAUUGCUGCUAUCCCUGCAAUUCAGUUGCAUGCAUCCUUUCACUUUCAAUUUGCCUUCUUUGCACAUUAAGACUUGUCAUUUGUACUUUCAAUUUGCCUUCAUUGUACAUUAAGACUUGUCAUUUGUACUUGCCAUUUGCCUUCAUUGCACAUUUAUACAUCCCACUUAAUAACAUACAUUGUAUUUAAUUGUUUCACUUGUACAUUUUUUGCACUCUUUUAUUUGCACUUCUGGUCAGAUGCAAACUGCAUUUCGUUGUAGUGUACUUGAUCCAAGUUUAAUCUAAUCUAAUGAUCAAUAAUGUCAAAAGCCGCACUGAAGUCUAACAAAACAAAUUAACAAUACUGGAUGCGAUUUCUGUCUGAAUAAUACUCAUAGCGUUAGUGACAAGUUAUCCCUUUUUCUUUUCUUUUUACUUUUACAACGAUUGUUAUAGAUGCUUUUUAGGUUGUUUUGGAGGCUAAUGGUUCACUAUGGCAUACCAAUCUUUAACUAAAUGCCAGUUGAAAAAACAGGUCAUGCUGUAGUUUUAAAAGCCUGCUAUAGUGUCUCUUGAAUAUGAAAGUGAAGCUGUUUUGAAUAUGAAAGUGAAGCUGUUUCUGAUAAAACCAUCUCUCCUCCUCUUUUCCCUCAAGCUGUGAACUUUUCACUUUCCUCUGGGCAUCAAAGAAGGUAGUCAGAUAGUCUUUCAAUAGUCAUCAUCCAAAGAAAUUCACACACCAUUAUGGUUCAGUCCAGAAUGGAACGCAGAGAGGUGCCAAGGUUGAUGAGGUACUACACCAUCACCAUUGGCAAGACUAUGAGUUCUCAUAAUCAGUUUAUGAGACAACUUGGAGGAGGCUUCACUGAAGUGUUGUCACCAGCGCAGAGUGAUAUCAUCAUGGCUUUCUGUCCCAUCGUCUCUCGUGCUGGUACUGAUAUUGAGGCAGCACUGCAGCAGAUUCCAGAGGGCAAAGAUGUCAUUCUGGUAGUCCUGCAUCACUAUUUUAACCCAGAGUACACUGUACCUGACAGCAGCAGACUAGUGACCAGAAGUGAUGUAAUACUCACAGUGGACUGUCUGUUCCAUGAGAGUAAGGGAGGACUACUGAACUGUCCUCGCAACAAAGCAGCAGUUGGUAAAAUUCGGAACCGGCUGAACAUGAAGCCAAAGGUGAUAGAUGCCAUCGUGGACAUCCCUGAUCACAGAAACAGAUGGUGUGUUCCAGUGUCCUUGAUUGCAUCAGGGCAGACAGGCGUUGUUGCCAGAGAUCACCAUUUGCAUGUGUUGGGCUCAUUAUGUUUCUUCUUCUUUUGUGUUUGGUGGUAUUUUUGAUUGUUUCUUUCUGGAAACAAUGAGGUUUAUCAUAAUAACCUAAUGGAAAUAGAGCAAGUAGGUCUAAACAGCAACAGAGGAAUAAACUGUAGAAAUUACACAGACAACACAGAUAAACUGACUUAAUUAUACAUUAAAAAUAAUGAAUAAAGCCUAAUAAAGCACCUACUCUACCUACCUCUAUCUAUCUAUCAGGAUAGUAUAUUAGUUUAAGAUGGCAUGAUGCUCAUGUAAUAUUGUAGGACUACUCUGAUAGUAUAUUCUGUGUUGCACUUUGUUCUGCUUUGACUGCCCUUCUUUUAAAUAUUAAAGUCAUGACAUUUCA